GUUUGGAAUAAAAAAUAUCUAUUUAUUUUAAUUUAAGCAUAAUAAUUAUUACUUAAAACAAUGUUUGCUACGCCAAAAGCGAAAAAAGAACUUUUUCUGGCCUCUUCAUUGUGCGAUGGAGUAGAGGAUAAUAAUAUAAAACAGGUGACGACACUCCUGGACAGUAAUGAAGCAGAUCCAAAUACUCUCGUACCAAUUUUUGGAAUCACACCAUUUCAUUUGGCAAUUGGAAACCCUUCGGAAUCGUUUGCAGAGGAAGUAACGAAAUUAUUUCUUCGUCAUGGGGGAAACCCAAAUAUAAGAUCUAUUGAGGGUUUGACCCCUGUUCACAUAGCCGCUGCUUGGGGUCGUUGUAAUAUUCUCGAAUUACUUUUAUUGAAUGGCGGAGAUCCAUUAUAUCUCGAUAAUGAAGGUUACAGUCCAUUUCAUUUUGCUUUCGAUGGAGCACACUACAAUGCUGUUAGUGUUCUUCGUAAAUAUUGUGAAGAUGUCGUUAAUGACGAAGAAGAGGAGGAAGAAAUCAAAUACGACAUAGCGCUUGAAAAGGUUUUAAUCAACAACAAGAAUUUAAUAGCCGAAUAUGUAGUAACAGAUGAACAAACAACUAGCACUUUGAAUAUUUCACCAGAAAAUGUUCUUGAACUUAAUAUUAAGUCAUCAAACGGUUCCAGUUCUUCCGACUAUCAAUUAUUAUUACAUGAAGAUUACAUAACACGCAGAAGAAAUCGAAAAACCCUACAAGAACAAAAAGAAAAUAAACUUUUCAAUAAAACCGAAGUUUAUAAAUACAAAAAAGAAGAGCAAACAGACAGUCAAUUAAUUUCUAAUCUUUCGACAACAAUUUCUAACGAUAUCACCCGAACCGAAAAUCCACAUAAUUCAGACUCCUCCAUAUUCGACCGAAGAAUACAUUUAAUUCCAAAAACAAAAAAUGCUCUAGCUCAAAUGUCAAAUCAAUUGACGAAUAAGCGAAACGAAAUUGCCGAGAAUCUAAUUAGAGGAAGAUUAAAAAGAAAAUUAAAAGAGGAAACAAAUAUUUCAUCACCAACACUUGAUAAACAACGAACAAGAACUCCCUUAAUCGAAAAAAAUAUUAACAAUCUAGAAAAUUCCAUAAUCAGCAAGAGUCCAAACUGCAAUAUUCUUACUCGAUUCAAACCUGACAAAACCAUCCAAAAGUCACUAUUUCUUGAGAAGACAAAUUAUUUAAACGACUCUAUAAUUACUAAAUCACCAAAUUGUGCAAUUGUCUCAAGUGCAAAUAAGGAGAAAAGAAUAUCAAAAAUACCAAUAUUCGGACAAAAAUCAACACCAACGAAUGGAAGGAAUUCUUUGAAAAAAAUAAUAUCACGAACACCUUGUGGAUUAAUUAGUGAAACCUACAAAUUACACUGUCAAAGAAUGGCACAAACAUCAAAAUCAUUACCGAGAAAUUUUCAAAAUAAAAUUUUAGGUGAACAAGAAUCGUCUUUCUUCAAAAGACCACAAUCAAUGGAUAGGAAAAUUAAUUCUUGUCACAAGAAGAAGGAUACUGAAGAAUCGAGUGGAAUUUACAGUGAUACGAGUAAAAUAAUGAAAUUAAAGAAUGUAGCAAUGAAAUUAGAAGAUUAUAUUACUGACGAUUUUGAUUCAUUGACGAGUAAUAAUAAUAAUAAUAAUAAUUGUAAUGUCACUGAAAAUACAAAAAUUGAUGAUAAUUUUGAAGAAAAUGCAACGAACUCUAUGAAUAAUACCGAUGAAAAUGAUUUUAAUACAUCUCUAGAAAAUAUGACUUCUAAUCAAAGUGAUUCUAGUACACGAAUAAAGGCAAAAAGUAGAAAUUUUACUGAAGAAAUAUCUAACAUUGAAUACGAAUUAGAAGGAAAUGAUUCUCAAAGUGAUAGUACAGUUAAUAGUCAAGUGCAAUGUAAAUCUUAUCAAUCCGAACAAUCUUUUUUAUCUUCUAAUCAACAAGAAAAUGAAGAUAACAUUAGGAAUAGUGAAAAUUCUUUCAAGGAAAGCAAAAACAGUUUCAUUACUGAUGAUCUCACAGGAAGAAGUCCUUUGAACAGACAAAUUACUGAAUCUUUUGUAAGCAUCGAAGAAGAAUAUAAAUACAAAGAUUUAGAAGAAGGAGUUGUCCUAAUGGAACGAAGACUUUGUAUAACACCAUCUUGUGUAAUGAUAAAUAAGGAAGAAUUAACAUCAUAUUACACCUGUUCUACUGCUGAAUCCGUUUCAAGUCUUCCACAGGAAAUGUUGCUUAUCGAUAAGAAAACACUUCGCGAGAGACUUACAAAAUUAGGAGAAAAUCCAGGUCCAAUAACAAAUUCCACGCAUAGAGUCUACUUAAAACGUUUAAUGAAACUCGAAAUGAAUCAACAGAAUUUUAAAAAUGAGCCAUUCCACAAUGAAAAUUCAUCUGAAACAUUCGAAUCACAUUCUAUUCGUUCAAGUUUAAUUUCUCUAAAUUGGCGAAUUGAUUUACAACUGUAUAAAGAUAGGGAACGUGAAAUAUUCCAAGAGUUCGCGAGACCCGAUCCCACUCGUAAAUGGCGUGAGGGCCUAACAAAAACAUGUUUCAAUUAUCUACUCCUCGAUUCGAGAAUAACAAGAGAUCUUCCAAAUCGAAAAGCAAAUCUUUCCCUUCAAGAACAAUGGGAGAUAUUUUUAUCGGCAAUUUUUUAUGUCGGCAAGGGAAAACAAACGAGACCCUAUGCACAUUUAUAUGACGCGUUUCAUGUCUGGGUUUCAAGUAAAGUUGAAACAACAAAUAAGAAGAUAAAAAAAAUUCUUGACAUUUGGAAUGAAAAGCAAGGUGUCGUUGUUUUGCAUAUAUUUCACAAUACAAUUCCAGUUGAGGCUUACACGAGAGAAGCGGCAAUGAUCGAUGCAUUGAGCGUUGAUAAAUUAGCGAAUUGCAAAGGCGGAGAAUAUUAUGGUAAAAUAGCAACUUGGAAUAAUAAAGAAAAAUGUGAUUUGGGAAAAUAUUUGCUCUACAAAGCUAUGAAGAUAUUAAUGAUGGAAGGUGAACGACAUCUUUAUCCAGAACAUUUAUAGAAAUGUAAAAUAAAACAAUUAACUUUUCGUACAUUUCCAUGAAAAAAAACUGACGUAUUUUUUUAUACAUCGAGUAUAAAACAAAUGAUCUCAAAUUGUAAGACAAUAUUCAUCAAAAUGGAGUUGAAUAUUUCUGAUAAUUUUUUUAUUCCAUGUAGAAAAUUUAUUUUUUCGCAAAAUUUUGUAUUAUUAGAAAUUGUGUAAACUUGUAUUAUUACUUUUAGGAGACGUAUUAAUUCAAAAAAGUGCAAUUCAUAAAAUAAUGAAAAUGUAGAAAAAAAACAUUGUGAUUUUGUGUAAAGAAAGAAAUAUAUUUUAUGAACUUUUAAUGAAAUGAAAAAUUUAAUGCAGGAUUACCACAGGUCAGGAAAGUCAGGGAAUUCAGGGAAAAAUCAGGGAAGGUAGAAUAGGUUGGGAAAAUUAGGGAUUUUUAUAAAAAGUACUGGAAACAAUUAAAUUUGUAGAAUUAAUAAGAAAAUUCUAAA